CGGCGCGGCGCGGCGCGGCCCGGCUAUGCUGUCCCGGCUGCUGCGCGAGCACCAGGCCAAACAGAGCGAGCGGCGGGAGCAGCAAGAGCGGAGACGGCGAGAGGCCAUUGCUGCGGCCACGUGCCUGACUGAGGCCCUGACGGACCACCUGAACGUAGGGGUGGCCCAGGCCUAUGUGAACCAGAGAAAGUUGGACCAUGAGGUGAAGACGCUGCAGAUCCAAGCUGCCCAGUUCGCCAAGCAGACGGGCCAGUGGAUCAACAUGGUGGAGAACUUCAACCAGGCGCUCAAGGAGAUUGGCGACGUGGAGAACUGGGCGCGCAGCAUUGAGCUGGACAUGCGGACCAUCGCCACCGCCCUGGAGUACGUCUACAAGGGGCAGCUGCAGCCCUCCGGCUCCUGAGGCCCCGCCCGGCUGGAGCCCCCGCACCCCCUGGCUGCCGGGCUCAGAACCCCCCCCCCUCGCCUGGCACCCGCCCAGUGGGAACGGCCCAGCGGUUUGCCCCCUCGGCUGGGUGGAGGGAGCAAGGAAGAAACGAGCCGUCCUGCAUUGCCUGUGUCCCUGCCCGGGGGACGGGCACCGUCCUGCCAGCCAGCGGGGGUGUUGGGAACCCCGGCUGCAGGCACUUUGCUCUGGCCCUGGGGGCUGCUGGCGCGUCUGGUGCCCUGCCCCAGGGGGGAGCCGUUGGGUGUAGGCCCUGGUGCCACCUGGCCUGCAGGUCGCAGAGGGCGGCUGGGUCGGGGAGGGGGGAGACGGGAUCUGCCCCCCAGCGCAGUGCUGCAGGGGGCACUGUGGGGGCAGGGCAGGA